UAAUGUGAAAUAAGGAAAAUUAGCUGGUUUGUUUAAGAAUUUGCUUCUGUUUGUUUAAGAAAUUAUUGCAGCUUAAUUACUUCUGUAUUGUUCAAGACAGAAUACAAGAUGGAAAAGUUUGGCUUCCUUUCAUUUCUUUUGUUCUGUUGGAUUUCAUCUUGUCAAGUGAAAAUGGUAAAGACAAAUUUAGUAUUUUCGACUGUUACAUUGAUCACAUUUCUUGGUCUUGCCAAAGGAACAAUAAUACCUCCACUUGAUGGUCAAAAAUUUGUAUUUUUACCUGGAUCUUCUCACAAUAUAACUUGGACAUUAAAUAAUAUUGGAGACUUUGAGUUUCGGAGUUGGACCUUUAGGACAUUUGACACUCCUUCUUCUGCAGCUAAAGAAAUUGUAAGAAUAAUUGAUGAUAAAGAACCAGUUUUUUUUCCAUCAGUCCUUACGUCUUUGGGUUUAGAUGUUGAAGUUUUUAAACCUGCAACUCUAAUGUUAAAGAAUGUUACUCAAAGUUACAUCGGUGUUUAUAAAUUUUCUAUCCAUGCUCUUGAUUCCUUUGGCUCAUCUGUAAACGUGUCUAUUGCAAUAAAACCAAAUGUGCUAAUUAAUUGUCCAACACGUCGGGUUGUGGAUGAAGGUGAUUAUGUGUCAUGUGUAUGUAGAGGUGAAGGAGGUAACCCUCCUGCUAAUGUCACAUGGUUUGAUAAAGAUAACAACAUAAUUGGUGAUGUUGAAGUUGUAAAUAAGACAUUAGUAAUCACUAAUGUUGCAUUGAAUGAUGGUGGAAAUUACACAUGUAAAGCACAAAGUUAUAAUGAUCCACGUUAUAGAGAUGAAAAAUCCAUUGAAAUAAAAGUGAAAGCUACAUAUCUACCACAACAAACCAAUAUUACCAUCAGUCCAAUGUCAGUAAAAAAAGGUCAAAAUGUGACAAUAACCUGUGAAUCAGAUGGUUAUCUUGAACCAACCUACACUAUUUAUCACAAUGGUGCAGUUAUCAGUAAUAAAAGGACAUACAUUAUUAAGUCAGUCAACUUCAGUCACCAAGGUUCAUAUCGUUGUGAAGCAAAGAAUAAACUGGGAAAUGAUUCAUCUGAUGUUAAAAAUCUUACUAUCAUCAAAGUGAAACCAAAUGUGGAAAUUAAUUGCUCAACACCUCUGGUUGUGGAUGAAGGUGAUAAUGUAUCAUGUGUAUGUAGAGGUGAAGGAGGUAUCCCUCCUGCUAAUGUCACAUGGUUUGAUAAAGAUAACAACAUAAUUGGGGAUGUUGGAGUUGUAAGUAAGACAUUAGUAAUCACUAAUGUUACAUUGAAUGAUGGUGGAACUUACAGAUGUAAAGCACAAAGUUAUAAUGAUCCACGUUUUACAGAUGAAAAAUCUAUUGAAGUAACAGUGAAAGCUACUUACAACGUUCUUUGUGAUGACCAAAAAGAGAGAAUAAAACAGUGCAAAAUAGAAUGGUACAUUAUUUUAAUAACUUUAACAUCUGGAAUUAUCGUUGGAAUUUUCGUCUCUAUUUUAUUUUUUUUGCGUUAUCGUCAACAUUGGUUAAGUAAAAAACGUCAACAAUUUCAAUCUCCAUCUGAAGUUAGAAAAAUUUCUGUUGAUACAACUUAUCAAGAAUUGGAUUUAUCAAAAAUGAAUAAUAAAGAAGAUAAUUAUCAAUCUUUGAGACCAAAGGAUGAUACAAUUGAUAAAACUUAUCAAGAACUGGACAUAUCGAAAAUGAAUAUGGAAGAUAAUAAUUAUGAAUCUUUGCAAAAAAAUGAUGAAUCGGAGUACGUGAUAGCCGACGAAAAAAGAAAUUAUGAGAACAGUAAUUUGUUUUGAAGAAAAUCAUAAAUUUGUUAUUCUAAACAUGUGUUUAUAAACAUUUUCCAUGUUGUAAAGUCGCAACAGCGCUUUUACGAACAUUUACAUUUUCUGAUAAGAUUUGAAUUUUGCAUCUUUUCCUCCCUUUGGAGCUGCCAAUACUUUAUGAUUUCCAGAAGGAAGCCAUUUUUGGAUAGGAAAAUACACUGGUCAUUCUGAUUCA